AUGGUUGGAGACGUGAAGGGUGGAGGAGACGUGAAGGGUGGAGGAGGCAUGAAGGGUGGAGGAGACGUGAAGGGUGGAGGAAAAGUCUCCGGGGAGGCAGAGGCCAGGAAAACUGCUAAGGGGGAGGAGAGGGCAGGGGCACAGAGGCCAAGGGGAGAGAAGGUGGGAGGAGGGGGAAGGGAGGAUGGGGUUGGUGAGAGUGAGAGGGAACGUCAUAGGGAGGGGAGGAGGAGCAAGAAACGUGAAAAGGAGAGAGGUGAGUUGGUGGGAAAGAGGGGGGAGAGAGUGAGAGCAGGAGAGGGGGAGGAGGCGGAUGGAAAGCAUACUGCUGUGGCAGAGAGGCAUGUGGAUGAAGGCGAAGAGGGGGGCGCAAGGGAAGACGGGUCAGUGGGUGCAGCGGUGGGCGAGGGAAUAGAUGCAGGAGGAGAGGGCUCCAAGGGGGAGACGGGUGAGAUCCAAAAGGAGAGUCAGAUGGAGGGGAGGCGACAUGUGGGCAGGGAGAGGAAGAGGAGUGGUGAGGAGGAGGUGGCGAGGAGGGAAAGGAAAGAGGGAGGGAGGGUUGACGAUCUGGAACUGCAGGUGAAGGAAGAGAAGGGAGGGAGAGAGAAGCGGCAUGAGGAGAGGGGGAGAGAGAAGAGGGGAAGGGACGAUGGUGUUGGAAGGAGGGGAGAAGGGGAUGAAAAGAAGAGAUGCGGGGAUGGUCACGAUGAGGAGGCAAGGGAGGAGGAGGAUAAGGAGGACGAGGAGGAGCGCAGAGAAGGAGAGGGGGCAGACAGGAUGCCAGCAAGAGCGAGAGCCGCGGGCGUGCCCGAGAAGGCUGGAGAGGAGGGGAUGACGCUGGUGGGUGGUGAUGAGGCAGGCAGAUAUGAGCAGGAGGAGGGAGAGAGAGGGGACACGGAGAGAGGAGCAGGCAUUGCAAGAGAGGACAAGGAGAGAGGGAGAAGGGCGAGGAAGGGGAGGGAGGCGAGUGAGGGCGGGGAGGGGAGUGUGUGGUGCGGGCUGUGUGGGGCAGAGGAGCAGCAGGGCAGUGCGAGGGCUGCUCGCCUGGUGCCGUGCCCCCAGUGUGGUCGGCCCUUCCACCGCCACUGCCUGCUGGGAAUGGCUGACAACAGAGGCAAGCUGGACUGGCGGGACUGGGUGUGCCCGGGGUGCAUUCGCUGUGAGGCCUGCCACCGCUACGGGGAGCCGUCGUCCAUCCUGUGCUGCUACCGCUGUGACAGGGGCUAUCAUGUGGCAUGCACUCAGCUGCACACCAAGGUGAGCGCAUGUGCCUGUGGUUGA